GAAGUUAGAUUGGAAUGUGAUCUUUUCGCCGACGUGUCACGGGCGGAGUUAUUCWUACCUAAUGUUCUAGAAAGCGUGCUUAUCUUGGCAACGAUGUGGAGAAGCUGUUCCGUUAGCUAAAAGCGUCUAAAAAGUCGAUCCGCGAUGGAAAAGGAAAGAAAGUUUGAAACAUUUUCCCAGUACAACGACAUUUUCAAGCAUGUAAAUGCAUUCGGUAGCUAUCAGAAGAAGUUUGCGUACGGGUUAUGCUUGCUAUUCGCGGGACAAGGACUGGUUUUUGGUCAUCUUAGAUUUGUUACUGCAACUCCCAAGUUUCAAUGCUCAACUCCUAAUGUAUCGUGUGGAGGUAUCAAUAAAUGUUGUACAAACUGUACAUCUUAUGAAUUCGAUCCUUUGUUCACUACCGUUGUCUCUGAGUGGAAUCUGAUUUGUGACCGCUCGUAUUUGGCAGCUAUUAUCCAAGCAUUCUUCUUUGUUGGCAUGUUGGUAGGGUCGUUCCUGUCUGGUAUUUUAUCUGACGCUUUUGGUCGUAAAACAGUCAUUUUUGGAGCACUUGGAUCAAUGGCUAUCAUUGGAAUUGUGCAUGCAUUCGUAAAGUCAUCCAUUGCACUUUUCGCUUUUCUUCGUUUUGCAAACGGAGCAUUCAUGAUCAGUGCCACAUUAUCAACGUACAUCCUAAUAAUGGAGAUGAUUGGACCAGGAUACAGAGCUAGAAUGGGGAAUAUCAACAUAUUUUAUUGGUGUCUUGGAGAUUUUGCCUCAAUCCUUAUUGCCUACUUCAUAAGAGAUUGGAGGACGUUUGUUUGGGUGUCCUGUCUUCCUCCCUUCUYGUUAUACUUCUUUUGGUGGGCUAUACCAGAGUCCCCUCGCUGGCUUGUUGUUAAAGGCAAAGUAAAACAAGCUUGCSAGAUCAUCAUGAAGUACGGUGGAARAGAYAACAAAACCUGUGAUCCUGAGGAGGUGAUGAGCUUGCUUAAGUCUAUUCACAAUGAUCAAAUUCAGCACAGUUUGAAAGCAAAAAGAUACACACCAUUAGAUCUUGUUCGUACGCCAAAGUUGAGAAAAUGGACGAUUAUCACUUCUUUCGCAUGGUUUACCACUUCCUUUGUCUAUUUUGCAAUUAAGAUCUAUGCGUCUCAGCUUCACGGCAGCAUAUACGUCAUCGUGCUGGUAUAUGCAGCAGUUUCUUGUGUUUUGGUCUUGCCCACGUGGUAUUCAAUGAAACGUUUGGGGCGUCGUCUAACCCUGUGCGUACAGAUGGUUUCGACUGGUGUAUUACUUCUGAUGAUCUUGGCUAUUCCUGAAGGAUAUGCAACCUCGACCACUUAUCUAGCUAUAGCUGGGCAGUUAGUGACUUUCCAGUGUUGGUCUAGCGUGUACCUCAUAUCGUCAGAACUGUUUCCUACCAUCUUGAGAAAUACCGCACAAGGAGUGGGUUCGACUGCUGCUCGUAUUGGUGGGAUAGCUGCACCAUUCUUACUAUUGUUGGCUCAAUUGCCUGGUUCUAGCAUCAUACUUCCUAUGACCAUAUUUGGAGCCUGUGCCAUUGCUUGCGGGAUUUCGUCUCUAUGGUUACCGGAGACAGCUUUGCGACCUCUUUACCAGACGACAGUGGAGGCUGAAGAGAAACCAGAGGAUUAUGGGAUACCUUUUCUCCAAAAUAAAGCAAAAUGUGWUGCGGAAAAUGAUGUACUGCUAUCUGAAACAACAUGCAAAGUUUAAACACAUACUAUUAACAAUAGUUAGGAAUAGAUAUUUGUAAAAUCACUGCUGGACAUAAACGUUGAAAGUUAUCCUUUAGCAGCAUAGUUGAGUGAUGUGGAAAAUACAAAAUGUAGCCGAAGCCGCUAAGUGUGUAGAUCGAGUUUACAACAAAACUAUGAUU